AUGGCUGAGAUCCUACUUUCUCCCAUCCUUCAAGUGCUCGCUGAAAAGUUGGGAUCUGCUGCCUUUAAGAAACUUGCUCGUUAUGCCCAAAUUCACAUCGAGGUGAACAAAUGGGAGACAUCAUUAACCGACAUCCAAGCUCUUCUUAAUGAGAAGGAAAUAAGAGAUGAAUACAUCAAAGGGUGGUUGAAUCGUCUCCAGCAUUUGACAUACGACAUAGACGAUAUACUCGACAAUUUGGCAACUGAUGCUAUGCAUCGCAAACUGAUCGCAGAGGAACUGGGAGCCAUCACAAGCAAGGUAAGAAUGCUCAUCCCAACUUGCUCCACUAGUUUUUCAGCAAAUAUUAGGAUGCAUGACAAGUUAAAAGAUAUUACCACCAAGUUACAAGAUCUAGAGAAGGAAAAAGUCACUCUAGGUUUGAGUGUGAUAAAUGGGAGGCCAAUAACUAUGAGUAGAAACUACGAGACCUCCUUGCCAGAUGCAUCUGAUACUGUUGGACGACAAGGUGAGAAAGAGGCGUUGCUCCACAAGUUGUUGCGGGAAGAAGCAGGUAAACAAAACUUUAAUAUCGUACCCAUAGUUGGUAUGGGCGGGGUAGGUAAAACCACUCUUGCCCGACUUCUUUACAAUGAAACACAAGUGCAAAACCACUUCAAACUCAAGGCAUGGGUUUGUGUUUCAGAUGAGUUUGAUAUCUUCACUAUAAGCAAAAGUAUCUUUGGUUCAGUGACAGAGGAAAACAAGGAAUUUGAAAAUGUAAAUCAAGUUCAAGAAGCUCUUAGAAAACAAGUUACGGAUAAACGGUUUCUACUAGUUCUAGAUGAUGUGUGGAGUGAAAGCUAUGAGGACUGGAAUUCCCUUGUGCGCCCAUUUCAUGCAGGGGCUCUCGGAAGUAAAAUUGUCAUCACAACUCGGAAGCAGCAAUUGCUCAGAGAGUUGGGUUGUGAUAAUUUAGAACAUCUGCAAAGUCUAUCGUACGAUGAUGCUCUAUCUCUAUUUUGUCAACAUGCAUUGGGUGUAAGUAACUUUGAUUCACAUCCAAAUCUUAGACCAUAUGGUGAAGGUAUUGUGAAAAAAUGUGAUGGCUUACCAUUAGGUCUAAGAGUACUUGGAAGGUUAUUGAGGACAAAAGCAGAUGAAGUAGAGUGGAAGGAGUUGUUGAAUGAUGAGAUAUGGAGCCUACAGACGAGAGAUGGAAUUAUUCCAGCUCUUAGACUAAGCUAUCACGAUCUUAGUGCAUGCUUGAAGCGGUUAUUUGCAUAUUGCUCUUUGUUCCCCAAGGACUAUUUGUUUGAAAAGGAAGAGUUGAUUUUAUUGUGGAUGUCAGAAGGGUUUUUGCACCACUCAAGGGAAAGCACGUCAACAGUUGAACGUUUGGGUCAUAACUAUUUUAAAGAGUUGUUAUCAAGAUCAUUUUUUCAAAAAGCCCCUAACGAAGAUUCAUUGUUUGUGAUGCAUGACUUGAUGAAUGACUUGGCCACAUCUGUUGCUGGAGAGUUUUUUUGGAGGUCUGAAGAUGAGAUGGAGAAGGGUGUUGGAAUGGACACCUUGGAAAAGUACCGCCAUCUUUCAUUUGUUUGUGAGCGGUUUAUAAGUGACAAGAAGCUUAAAGCAUUUAUAGGAGCCAAAAAUUUGAGAACAUUCUUAGCAGUAUCAUUUGGGCCAUACGAAGAAUGGGGGUUCUUCAUAUCUAAUAAGAUUUUGGAUGACUUACUUCAUGAGUUUCCACUGUUAAGGGUCCUAUCUUUGGCUUGUCUUCGUAUAAGCGCGGUUCCAGAGUCAAUCGGCAGUUUGAAGCAUUUGCGUUAUCUUAAUUUAGGUCAAACUGGAAUCGAAUAUCUACCGGAAAAUGUCUGCAAUCUAUAUAAUUUACAAACUUUGAUCGUUUUUGGAUGUCAUAAAUUAACCAAGUUGGCCAACAGUUUCUCAAAGCUUACAAGUUUGCGUCAUUUUGACAUUAGAUAUACUCCACUUUUGAAGAAGAUGCCCUCAGGGAUUGGUGAGUUGAAAAACCUACAAACUCUAUCCAAGAUCACGAUUGGAGGAGCGGAUGAAUUUCCACUAACCAAGCUUAAAGACUUGAAGAAUCUCCAUGAGAUGAUUUACAUCAAAGGGCUUGACAAAGCAAAUGCAAUGCAUGCACGGGAGGCGAACUUAUUGCAAAUGAGGCUUAGAGAGUUAGAGGUGAAAUGGAGUGAUGUAUUUGAUGGUUCUCGAGAUGAAACGCUUGAAAACGUGGUCCUUGAUGUGUUGAAUCCCGGUAAUGAAAAUUUGGAAAAGCUUAAUAUUGUGUCAUAUGGGGGUAUAAAGUUCCCAAACUGGGUUGGGGAUAGCAUGUUUGAUCGGUUGACACAUAUAUCAAUACGUGGCUGUAAAAAAUGCACAUCUCUACCGCUACUUGGGCAGCUACCAUCACUUAAGGAGUUAUUUAUUCAAGGCAUGGAUGGGGUGAAAGUUGUCGAAUUGCAACGUCUAGCAUUUCCUUCGCUUGAAAUUCUCAGUUUUGAAGAUAUGCAGGGGUGGGAGGUAUGGUCGUAUAAUGGUGGGGUUGUAGAUCCAGUGUGUCCAUGCCUUGGAACGCUUCGUAUAAWGGGUUGUCCUAAAUUGGUUGAAAUCUCAGUUGAAGAACUACCUUCACUAAGGGAUCUAGUAAUAGAUGAAUGUAGUGAUGGUGUGUUGAGAAGGCUAGUUCAAGUGGCUUCAUCGAUCACCAAGUUGAAAAUAGUUUAUAUUUCAGGCCUAACCGAUCAGUUGUGGGGAGGUGUUAUGAAGCAUCUUGGGGUGGUAGUUGAAGUAAUAAUCAUGAGAUGUAAUGAAAUAAGAUACGUGUGGGAAUCAGAAACAGAAACAUGUAAGGUUCUUGUGAAUUUAAGGAAGUUGGAGAUAAGUGGUUGUAAUAAUUUGGUGAGAUUAGGAGAGAAAGAAGAGGAUAAUUGUGGGAGCAAACUAUCAUCUCUUACGAUGUUGGAUAUAUCGUUUUGUGCUAGUAUGGAGCAUUGCAGUUGUUCAAAUAGCAUCAAGAGCUUGUCCAUUUUGGGGUGUCAUUCAAUUACAUCUAUCUCCUUCCCAACUGGAGGGAAGAAGUAGCUCAAGUCAUGUUCCAUUUCUUACUGUAAGAAGCUAUUGGAAAAGGAAUUUGGAGGGGGAAGAUCAGAGGAGACUAUCAAUGCAAACAUGUGGAUGCUUGAUACUAUAAGAAUAAAUGAUUGGUCAAAUCUGAAAUCGGUCAUGCGAUUGAGUUGCUUCAUUCACCUCAAAGAAUUGGAAAUAAGUGAUUGUCCAAGUCUGGAGUCAUUUCCUGAUCAUCAAUUGCCGAAUCUCACCUCGUUAACAUAUUUGAGGAUAGAAAAGUGUCCAAGUAUGGAUGCUUCCUUUCCUCGUGGGCUUUGGCCUCCCAAUUUGUGUCAACUUGGAAUAGGAGGAUUGAAGAAGCCWAUGUCARAGUGGGGCCCACAGAACUUUCCAACUUCACUUAUCCGCCUAAGUUUAGAAUUGGAAGAUGUGACUAGUUUUAGUGAAUUGUCCCAUCUUCUUCCUUCAUCUCUUACUAGGCUUCGUAUAGCAAAUUUUGAGAAAUUGGAAUCUGUUUCAAUGGGACUCCAACACCUCACCUCCCUCCAACAUCUCAGCUUUGUUGAUUGCCCAAAGAUGAAACAUCUGCCACAAACAUUGUUGCCUUCACUUUUGAGUUUGUGGAUCGAUAACUGCCCAAAUCUGGAAGAAAGGUGUAGCAGAAGAAUAAGAAAAAGAGGCUCCUACCAGAAUUAUAUCCCCACAUGCAUUAACCGGAGUAGAAGAGGCUCCUACUGGCCCCUCAUCUCCCAUAUACCUCUCAUCGAUAUAGAAAGAAGAAUGAAAUAUCCAAGUUAAUAUGAGUGAUUUUUUCAACGAUUCACUGGAAUAAGGGAGGGCAUCAUUGAAGAUAACAAGGCUAAAUGCAGAGAUAUAU